GAAGACCUUGGUGGGAAGGCUGAUCCUGGGGACGCCGGCUGGAACGCUGGCACAACUGAUGCCAAGUACAAGCCGAACGAAACAGAAGAAUAUGCCGAGGAGACAAUCCACAUGCGGGAUUACCCGGAGCCCGAGAUGCUGUUGGAGUUGCUCCACAGCGGUCGCCUUGCCGAGGUCGCCUGGAGCAUGCGGUCGCAGAUCGGGCUGGAUAUCGCGGGCCUGAAUCCCGAGGACGCCGUUAUUUGCGUCUUUGAGAGGCACGCGGCACACAUCGGCACCGGCAAAGUGCACCUUCAAGCAAGAAGCCUGCCGCACUGGUUUUGCUGCCAAGCUGUUGAUGCCGGAGUUCUUCGAUCGUAUUCUCCAUGGCUUUGCCAAGACAGAGAAGGCCUUAUAUAA